AGAGACGAGAAAGAACUAUAUAUACCCCCCGCUUGCUCUCCCUCAUGAAGUAAAUCAUCGCUCUCAAGUAUCAUCAGAUUUAUAUUAUAUACAGCUUGAAUUAGAGCUAAGAAACUCAAAGGAAGAAAACAAUGGCAUAUCGUCAUGAACGAUAUAGUUCGAGCUUUGUUGCUCAGAAUGGAACCGAGUGGGACGAUGGGGCCUACGUAAAGGUUACGAAGAUAAAAGCAAGUCACGAUGGCUGUGGUAUCACCUUGGUUCAGUUUCACUAUCUCGACGGCACGGGGACUCUUGUAGAAGGUCCUGUUCACGGGACGGAGCCUUUUCAAUUUGAUGGAGAUUACGGGAGGGUUCCACAACCGGAUCCCGUAAGCGAUGAGUUUUUGCUGGCUGAAGAGGAAUACAUCCACACCGUGGUAGCAUAUAGCCAAUAUUGUGUGAGGAAGAUUGAGUUUGAGACGAACAAGCGAAUCAUUGCGUUCGGAGUCGAACCAUACGACCCAGAAUACCUUAACCGAAUCGAGGCACGCGACAUAGAAAUAUACGAACUACAGGCCACAUAUGGCGAUAUAGACAAACGCCCGAUCGUCGGCUUCCAUGGCAAAUCUGGGAUUCAUUACCUUCAUGAACUCGGUGUCUACCUUCGUCCUCAUCAAUAUUAAAAUAAAAAUCUAAAAAAUAAAAAUAAAAAGAUAUAAAUAAAACAGCUCUCAAGCUACUUUCUACUUUACUUUUAUGUUUUUACUUACGUUGUCGUCCUACUUCUUUUGUGCUUUAUAUGGCUUUUGUGCUUUAUAUGGUUCACCUACAGACGUGUGUCUUACGUUGUUAUAUAGAAUCGUUGUUUCGUUUGGAAUAAAUUAAAGUAAUAUGGUUUUACAUCUAAUAAAAUAUGUUGGAGCUACAAGCAUA